AUGGUAGAAGAAGAACUCGGAGAAACGUCCAAUACUUUCCAAGCAACCCCAGAUAAAGCGGCAGGAAAUAAGGAACCACAAAGGGAAAAGACACAACCCUCAGGUAGCAGACCGAACCAAUCCAUCCUAGGAUCAGCAAGAAUUGAUGACAGUGACGAAGAAAU